AUGUCAACGAGUACAGAACAUGAUAUUAUCCAAAGGUUACCUAUUAUUUCUCUUCAACUCAAUUGUAUUGUACCAAUAUUUCAAAUUACUCUUGGUACAUUUGGAAAUAUCUUAAAUAUUCUUAUAUUUACUCGUCGAUCACUACGUAAUAAUCCAUGUUCACUUUAUUUUUUGGCAUCAUCUAUCAAUAAUAUCUUUGUCUUAUAUGUUGCAACAUUAACACGUCUUCUUUCAAGUGGUUGGAAAAUUGAUCCAUCCAAUACUAAUAUUAUUCUUUGCAAAUUAAGAAUAUUUUUUGUUUAUUCAUCACUUGCACUUAUUCAAUGGUUUAUGGUUCUUGCAAGUAUUGAUCGAUAUCUUUCAAGUUGUCAAAAUGCUCGAUAUCGUCAAAUGAGUAAUGUACCAAUAGCUCGAAAAGCUAUUGGAUUAAUUAUAUUAAUUAUAGCUUUAGCACAUUUUCAUACAUUUAUUUGGUGGUCAGUAGAUUAUAUUGGUUCAAAAACAUAUUGCAAUAUAUUUAUAUACGAUUAUGAAAUAACAUUUCAAGUAUUUUUUCUUAUUUUAACAUGUGCUUUACCACCAGUUCUAAUGACUUUAUUUGGUAUAUUAACAAUAUUUAAUGUUAGAAAACUUCGAACACAAGUUACUCCAUUAAAUAAUGAUACUAGAAAUGAACGUAUACGUUCAAAAGAUCGUCAAUUGAUUAUAAUGCUUCUUAUUCAAAUACUUGUUACAAUUCUUUGUACACUUCCAUUUUCAGUUGUUAAUAUAACAUCAAUGAUAUUUCAAUAUUUAAUAACAUUAUCUGAUUAUGGUGAUGCAAUCAAUACAUUUUAUAGUAAUAUUGGUCGUUUAAUAAAUUAUUUCAAUCCAGUUGUUGGAUUUUAUAUAUAUACAUUAUCAAGUCGAACAUUUCGCAAUGAAAUGAAAUGUAUGACUUUGGAAGGAAUGAAAUUUAUUUUGACAAAAUUAAGUUUGGAAAAAUUUAUGUCAACGGAAAGAUGA